AUGGCCAAAACCCUUGCAAUGUGGCUUCUUUUCCUUCAACUAACCUCUUUCAUUGCAUUUGCCGAACACCUUGAAACUCUUCCACCAACUUACCCUCCACAUCACUCACAUUCUCCACUUCACCCUCCAACUAAGUCACCACAUCAUCCACCGUCUAACGCCCCUCACCACCAUCAUCACCACCAUAAUCACACACCAUCCCCUGCUCCUUCCCCUAUUUCUCACACUCCUUCACACCCUCCUCACCAUUCUACCCCUGUUCCUGCUAAACCACCAACUGGUCACCACCACCAUCAUCACCCACCUGCUUAUGCUCCUGUUAAGCCUCCUAUUCACACUCCCGUUGUUCCAACACACCCACCAUUGCACCCCCCUGUUCCAGCUCACCCACCAUUGCAUCCUUCUCCUGUUCCUAGACGCUUUAUAGCUGUUCAAGGUGUUGUUUAUGUAAAAUCUUGCAAGUAUGCUGGUGUUCAUACUCUCUUGGGAGCUAAAGCACUUCAUGGUGCCGUUGUGAAGCUACAAUGUAACAGCACAAAGUACAAGUUUGUUCAAACACAUAAGACUGAUAAGAAUGGUUAUUUCUUCAUUGAAGGCCCAAAGAGUAUCAAAACCUAUGCACCUCAUAAGUGUAAUGUUGUUUUGGUUAGUGCUCCAAAUGGGCUGAAGCCUUCAAAUCUUAAUGGUGGGCUUACUGGUGCUGCUCUUAGGUCCGGGAAACCUUAUGUGUCUAAGGGUCUUCAUUUCACUAUUUACACUGUUGGGCCUCUUGCAUUUGAGCCAAAAUGUCCUCAUUACUUUCUCUUACAAAGAGAAAUGGCCAAAACCCUUGCAAUGUGGCUUCUUUUCCUUCAACUAACCUCUUUCAUUGCAUUUGCCGAACACCUUGAAACUCUUCCACCAACUUACCCUCCACAUCACUCACAUUCUCCACUUCACCCUCCAACUAAGUCACCACAUCAUCCACCGUCUAACGCCCCUCACCACCAUCAUCACCACCAUAAUCACACACCAUCCCCUGCUCCUUCCCCUAUUUCUCACACUCCUUCACACCCUCCUCACCAUUCUACCCCUGUUCCUGCUAAACCACCAACUGGUCACCACCACCAUCAUCACCCACCUGCUUAUGCUCCUGUUAAGCCUCCUAUUCACACUCCCGUUGUUCCAACACACCCACCAUUGCACCCCCCUGUUCCAGCUCACCCACCAUUGCAUCCUUCUCCUGUUCCUAGACGCUUUAUAGCUGUUCAAGGUGUUGUUUAUGUAAAAUCUUGCAAGUAUGCUGGUGUUCAUACUCUCUUGGGAGCUAAAGCACUUCAUGGUGCCGUUGUGAAGCUACAAUGUAACAGCACAAAGUACAAGUUUGUUCAAACACAUAAGACUGAUAAGAAUGGUUAUUUCUUCAUUGAAGGCCCAAAGAGUAUCAAAACCUAUGCACCUCAUAAGUGUAAUGUUGUUUUGGUUAGUGCUCCAAAUGGGCUGAAGCCUUCAAAUCUUAAUGGUGGGCUUACUGGUGCUGCUCUUAGGUCCGGGAAACCUUAUGUGUCUAAGGGUCUUCAUUUCACUAUUUACACUGUUGGGCCUCUUGCAUUUGAGCCCAAAUGUCCUCGUUAA